AUGAAAUUCACAUUGCUUUGCAAUCUCGGCGACCCGCGCAAUGCUAGCGUUUCUUUGCGUCUCCGAUUGCUGCAUGUGUGGCCGGCGAAGUCUCCAGGGGAUAUCAGAAUCUACAAUUACUGUACUCUUUGGACCGACGAAACGGGUACGCUGAUUCAUGGCGUUUCGCCGACUUCAAUGGCUGCUGGGAUCCGUCGUAACCUUUCUGUUGGGAAGAUUUAUGUUGUAAAGUCCUUUGGCUUGAGUAACCCGCCGAAUCAGUAUCGCCCAUGUUCCUUUGAUUUGGCUUUGGGUCUCUCGCCCUCGACUUCCUUUCAGGCAUGUGGUCUUCCUGCUGAGAGUUUUCCGGUUGAUGCGUAUGAGUUUGUGUCUUUCUCCCAGUUGAGUAUGCAUGCUGGUAAUCAUCGUUUCUUGACAGUUGGUCGGCUCCAUUCAAUCAGUGGGAUAUCGCAUAAAAUCACUAAUAACGGCCUCGCAGUCAAGCAGACGGUUAUUAUCGAGAAUGAAAGGUUCUCCCGCUUUUCUAGGGUUACUAUUACACUCUGGGAUGAGUUUUCUGCGGUGUUGGUCCAUGUUGCUCUCACUCAGGCUGACUCGAUUGAAGCUGUGAUUCUCGCAUUCGGCGGCUUGCUGGUUAAUAAGUUGGGAGAUGAUUAUAUUCUCUCGAGUUCGGCUGGUACACGUAUAGCACUCAACCCUCAUGUACCAAAGGCUUAUUAUCUUGCAUCUAGGUUUGCUGAAAAGCACGAAGUGGUUGAGUCCUUGCCAGUGGAGUUUGCUACCGCUGCUGAUGCUACUGCUUAUGUAGAUGGGCGUACCAAGAGUUUGGAUCAGUUGUUGAGCUUGUCUCGAAUGAAUUCCUCACUGGAAGAGAAGUACCGCUGUGGUGGAGUGAUUGUUGAUGUUGAGUCGAGAACUCCUUGGUAUUACAUUUCGUGCAGGUUAUGUUCGAAAGCUGUUUCAAAGCGUCGAGACAAUACGUUUUGGUGCCCAAAAGAUUGGCAGCUGGAGGAGGAGCAAACCCGAGUCAAUUAUAAGCUCCAGCUUACGUUGAGGGAUGACUCUUGUGAAGCUCGGUUCAUACUGAUGGGUGGUUGUGCCCAUGCGUUGGGUAAUGUUUCUGCUGCAUAUCUGGCCCAGAGGUUCCCUCAUCGUCCUGGUCAGCUGCCCCCGCAGUUGCAUCAAUUGCGAGGGCAGUAUGUCAAGUUUGAUUGUAAGUUGCCAUUGCCUGGUCCUACUGGCUUCUCUUCGGGCGAGUUCCGUGUAACUCAGGUUGUUCCGCUUGAUGACCCUACGGUGGUCGGCGAUUUGCUUGAGUUUUCUUCGGAAUUUCCAUUACCUGGUCAUGUUGCUGCUGUUCCGACUUUGACCAUGGGUGCAGCAAGUGUCGCGGGUGGUUGUUCGAGUUCAUCGAGGGUUGCGAAGGGAAAGGAAAAGGUUUCAGGUCCUCUCCUCACUGAGGUUGGCUCUAGCCCAGUUGCUGCCGUUGUGGCCGUUCCUUCUUCAGCUCAGUCAUGUGCACCAUCUGGCAGAUCUAUUCCUUCGAUGAUUACCAAGCAUACAUCCAGAAUCGAUGAGUCUACCAGUCCUGAGGAUGUUAGUCGUGGUUCAUUCACAUCUGCUACAAAGGUUCUGAAGCCAUCUCCUGGGUCAUCUCCUGGGAAGACCUCUGGUGUAGCCGCUGGCUCUUCGUCUGCAUCAUUAUUGGUUUCUCCACUCGCCAAGAUCAAGAUGGAGAAGUUAGACGAUGCUGAGGCUUCUCCUUUGCCUCAUGGCAGUUCCUCGCAGGCAGAUACCGAGACGGAAAGGGAUUCUCCAGUGGACAGUCAAAAAAAUCCAACUGCGAAACGUGCUUUGUUCAAGAGCAAUGCCUCCCAAGAAAAGAAAGACUCAGUAUCAAACUCUAACACAAUCUUCAAAGCCAAGGAAAUCGCGCUAUCAGACUGUGAAACAGUUGGGCUCCAAGAAUACAAGGAGCCAUAUUUCUUCUCUGGAACAAGGGGAACCCAAUGUGGUGGCUGA